CCAGGAGCUGCCACAAAGUCCUUAUAUUCCCCGGCUUCUUUCUCCUCUGGGUACCAGCUCCUUACUGUCCUGUAGCCGUUUGUGUUGUGACCAAGAGAAGGAGGACUUAAAUUCCUUAAAUCUCAGAAGGUCCAAGGGUCUGUGUUCACAGACACCUCGAGGCAAGAAAAAGAGGAAACUCUCCCGAAUCAUCACAGAAACGGACAAACCUGAAUCAAAAGAAACAAGCUAUUUGCUCUACAUUUUCUCCCCGGACUUAAGCUGGAAGCAACAUCAUGCAAAAACCCUGCAAAGAAAAUGAAGGAAAGCCCAAGUGCAGCGUGCCAAAGAGAGAGGAAGAACGCCCCUGUGGGGAAUUUGAACGUCAGCAAACAGAAGGGAAUUUUAGGCAAAGGCUGCUUCAGUCUCUCGAGGAAUUUAAAGAGGACAUAGACUAUAGGCACUUUAAGGAUGAAGAAAUGACAAGGGAGGGAGAUGAGAUGGAAAGGUGUUUGGAAGAGAUAAGGGGUCUGAGAAAGAAAUUUAGGGCUCUGCAUUCUAACCAUAGUCAUUCUCGGGACCGUCCUUACCCCUUUUAAUGCAUUUCUCUCCUGAAUUCAACUAUUUUCUGUUAUUAAUAUUACCACCAUCGACUUCCUUUUGUUUGCAUUUUCUUGCUAAAUAUUGCACCAUUUUACGCCUAUCCUUCAAUGUUCCUUUGAUUUGCAUAUGACUCCGGUUACCAACAUCUCAUCUUUUGACCCAAUCUCAUUCAUUUAAUAAGGAUGUUUCAUUCAUUUGCAUGGGAAGAUGCUCAUUGUAUAUUGUAAAGUAAAAAUAAUACAUUGCAAAACUGUGUGUGUAUAUGUGUGUAUAUAUAUAUGCACUUUAUAUGUACAUUUAUAUAUGACAUAAUGCAUAAAAGUCUGAAUUAUUAUACACCAAAACGUUAACAGUGAACCUCUGUGUGAUCUGUAUUUAAUUUUUUGCCUAUCUGCAUCUUCUCAUUUUCCAAAAAAUGAAUCUAUAUGUGUGUGUAUGUGUGUGUAUUGUGUCACAAAAAACCUAAAAUGAACAGACACACAAAAAACUUGUCAAUCACCGUUGAAGGGCAGUAAAACACUUAAUAAACUCUUGACAACAGAACUAUAAAAAUGAAAUGUAAACUUCAAAUUACCUCUGGAUCUCUUAGCCAGAGGAAUAAAACUGGCGGUUAUCACAGAUAUACUUGCUUAAGACUCAAUCCUUUUCGAGGGGAAAUCAUUUGCCUCACAGGGCUGCUGUGAGGAAGAAAUGAGGUGACUGAGCUGUGGCUUGGUGGACUCUUGUUCCCGCCUGUGCAUACAGAACCCCAACCCACUACAGAACAUCAGUUAUCUGAGGGAGGGCCCUGACACUUACCUGUGCUCAGGGGCAAGUCCAUUAGUAUGCAGGGCAGUGGGGACUUCCAUGGCAGUCCUCUGCUGUUGAGCCCCACCCUCCUCCCCUGGGUUUUGCCAUGCCUGCUGGGCACUGCUGCCUCUUUUGCUGGGUCCUUUGCUGUCUGCUGGCCCUCACUGCUCCUGGAACACUGGAGUCCUUGGAUGUCAAAACCCACUCACUCCUGGAGUCCCCAGUGGGUUGAACCCCCACUCUGUCUUCCAAAGCCUCUGCUUUAUAGUGACUCUUAAACAAGUGAGACUGCUCUAGGAUUGCUUGGGCCACAGUGCCUUGCACGGUUCUUAGCAAACAGCCCCUUCUGUUUUCAAUCCUAGGACCUCUCCUCUAAAUCGGAGUCAGGCACGAUGAGGCCAUUUUGGGAGUUGGACCAAGGUACAAGUUUGAAUUUAAACAAUGCUGUAAUCAGAGUUGCCUUGGGUCUAAGGACUAAGGUUUUGUCCUCCUUCUCUUGUGAGAUGAUCUCUCCCUUGAAGGCU